AUGAAUCUAGUUUCAUCUACCAAGGCACUUCUGCAAAAGUUUAGAGAUGACAAACGGGAUGUUGUACCAGCCAAUGUGAAAUCAUUUUGUGAGGUACGUAACAUAGAUGUCCCGAAUAUGAAUGCUCGUUAUAUUGGGAGAAGAGGUCGAGCUCGUGCUCAUCAAGAUGACUUUACAAUUGAGCAUUACUAUCGAGUAGAUAUUUUUUAUGUUGCAAUAGAUUCUCAACUACAAGAAUUAAAUGGGCAGUUUAAUGAACAUGCAAUAGAGUUACUUAAUCUUAGCUCAGCUCUAGAUCCUCGAGAUUUGUUUGAAACUUUUAGAAUGGAUGAUAUUUGUCAGUUAGUUGGGAAGAUUUAUCUGCAAGACUUCACAAAUCAAGAGAAAAUACAAUUGAGAAUGCAACUUCACCAUUACGAGCAUAAUGUAGUUUAG